AAGAUUUAAUAAAUCUUUAUAAUGAAUAUCGUAAAGAAUUCAAAAAUGCUCUGAAUACUGAGCAUGUUAUUAUCUGGGAUGGGAUAGCAACUGAAAUAAACAAUCAUAAUACAGCUCAAGUUACUGGCAGACAAUGCUAA